AUGUCAGAAAAGGGUAACGGCCUUGGAAUUACAAGCAUCAAAAGUGGUGCUUCCCACUUGGAUCCUGAGGAUCAUAAAGUUGAUCUUGCAGCUAUUAGUUCUCAACCAAUUGGCCUUGAAGAUGUCGGCCUCAACUUGACUCCAGAGCAAAAAUACUUUAUCUUGAGGAGACUCAAUUAUGACACCUUGUUGUCGUACGAGGACUUACCGGUCGCAGCCACUUUCAUGAUCGAAAAGGUUGCCCAAUUGCAGAUCCCGGAAGCGCUUGAGAUUUUGAAGGAGACACUUGACGAGUACAGCAAUGACUUCAACUUCCCAGCCAAGGACUUGGAAUUGAUCGAAAAGUUGGUUCUGUUGGAAGGUAGCACAGGAAUCAAGUCCAAAUUGGCUGAGAAUCUUUCUGAAGAAUUUACCGACCAAGAGAAACUGCUGCUGCUGCUGAAGGAGGAAAUCAAAGUUGAGAUUCUUGAAGAAAGUUCAUUUGAUGGCCAUAGUGCGGACUACUAUGAAGUUGUCGACUGGAACUUGCAGGUGAGACUUGAGGCAGCCUUGCAGGCAUACCACUCGCCGUACCCGGAAGUCCGGUCUGUUACCGACCCAUUCGAUGAUCCUAACACUCCAUGUGAAACUCUCAGAGCAUAUGUUCUCGGGUUCAUUUGGGUGGCCAUCGGGGCCUUUAUCAACAUGUUCUUCAGUGAGAGACAACCUCGGAUCAGCUUGGGAAGUUCGGUGGUGCAGCUUUUCCUCUACCCAUGUGGUAAGUUUUGGGAAUUAGUCAUCCCAGACUACACUGUUAAAAUCACGAAGAACUUUUCCUUCCGUUUAAACCCUGGUCCAUGGUCUUACAAGGAGCAAAUGUUUUCAACCAUCAUUUAUUCCGUUUCUGCAGGGAACUCAUAUAUUGCCUACAACAUUUACACCCAAAGAGUCCCUGUCUUCUAUGGGAAUACGUGGACAACCAUGGGCUACCAAAGUUUGUUGGUGUUGGCGACAAACUUCUUGGGUUUCGGGUUUGCCGGGAUUUUGCGUAGAUUUGCAGCCUAUCCAGUGAAAGCCAUCUGGCCAGAUAUCUUACCAACUCUUGCCUUGAACAGAGCUUUGCUUAAACAAGAAAGAAAGGAGAACAUCAAUGGGUGGAAGAUUUCAAGGUACAAUUUUUUCUUUGUUGUCACUACUGCUUCCUUUCUUUACUUUUGGUUUCCAAACUAUCUUUUCCAAGCUCUUUCCACCUUCAAUUGGAUGACUUGGAUCGCCCCUCAAAACUUCAAUCUUGCCAUGAUCACUGGGUCUAUCUCUGGAAUGGGGGUCAAUCCUAUUCCUUCCUUUGACGUGAAUGUGUUGACAAUGAAUGGACCCUUGGUUGUUCCAUUUUUUACUCAAGCUUCAUCUUUUGCUGGGAUGGUUCUUUCUUUUUUUGUAAUCAUUGCCAUCUGGCAGAGUAACAACAAGUGGACAGGUUUUCUCCCGCUUAACUCUAAUUCUAUUUUCAACAACAAGGGCAGUAGAUACGUUGUUAGCAACGUCUUGGACGAAAAUGGACUUCUUGACGAGGCCAAAUACGCCCAAUAUGGACCUCCAUACUACUCCGCGGCAAAUUUGGUUUUGUAUGGUUCCUUUAUCGCCCUCUAUCCAUUCUCAGUCUUUUAUGAAUCUAUCAUCAGAUGGAGGGAAAUCAAAGACUCAUUCAUUGCAGUCUACAAGACGUUCAGAUACUUCAACCGGUCCGGCUUGGAGGGUCUUAAGGAUCCACACACGAGAAUGAUGGCCCAUUACAAGGAAGUUCCAGAAUGGUGUUUCAUGGUGAUUUUGGUCAUUUCUACCGUUCUUGCCAUUUUGUGUGUCAAGCUUUAUCCUGAGACACAGACUCCGGUGUGGGCUAUCUUCUUUGCCAUCGGCAUCAACAUUGUGUUUUUGAUUCCCUUGACCGCACUCCAUGCCUCCACCGGUUGGGGGUUUGGGUUGAAUGUGUUGGUUCAGUUGAUUAUGGGUUAUGCACUUCCGGGGAAUUCCCAAGCUUUAAUGUUCAUCAAGGCUCUUGGUUACAACAUCGAAGGUCAGGCUGGGAACUAUGUGUCUGACCAGAAGAUGGCUCAUUAUGCCAAAAUCCCGGCUCGUGCCAUUUUUAGAGGUCAGUUGCUUUCCGUAUUCUUGAACUCAUUCAUAGGAUUGGCAGUAAUGAAUUGGCAAAUUGAUUCCAUGUCAGAUAUUUGUACUCCUUAUCAAAAGCUCAAGUUCACCUGCCCCAGUGCAACUACGUUUUUCUCAGCUUCGGUCAUUUGGGGAACCAUUGGUCCCAAGAGAGUGUUUGGGGGCUUGUAUCCAAUCAUGCAAUAUUGUUUCUUGAUUGGAUUCUUGUUGGUCCCAGUAGCACUUGCCUUCAAAUGGUACGCACCCAAGAAGCUUACCAGACAUUUCCAACCAUCGAUUGUCAUGGGUGGCUUCUUGUCUUGGGCUCCAUACAACUUUUCUUAUUACACUGGAAGUUUGUACUUAUCCAUUGCCUUCAUGUACUACAUCAAGAAGCACUACUUGGGAUGGUGGGAAAAGUACAACUUUGUUCUUUCCGGGGCUUUGGAUGCCGGCAUUGCCUUCAGCAGUAUUAUCAUGUUCUUUGCAGUUCAGUACAACGACAAGUCAAUCUCUUGGUGGGGGAAUAAUGUUCCCUAUGAAGGUAUUGAUGGUGGAGUUGGCCAACGGGCCAGACUCAAUGUUACCGAAUCAGCUCCAGAUGGGUAUUUUGGGCUCAGAAUAGGAAACUUCCCUUAG